AUGCGACAUGUUUACAUUCAAAGACCCGCUCGAAACGACCCAGAACAUACACGAGCCCUUGUAGCCGAAGCAGAAGGGAUUCUCCUUUACGGCGACGUAGCUCGCGCAAGUGCUGGACGUGAGUGGUGGGGAACUAUCGUCAUAGGCGGUCUAGGGUCUGGUGAUAUCUCGGCGAACUGGAAAGGAUGGCUACGAGUCGAUCGCGAAGGCGUGCGUGGCUUUGGGUUAGGUAUCAGUGCAGAGGAGGCUCUAGAUCAGAAGGAGCAGAGACAGGAUGUUGUGGACAUGGCUGGUUGGGCGGUCACCUCGCAGUGGGGGGGAUUUACGUUCAAAGACGGUGACGAGGACGCUUCUGAGGGGGAUAUGAGAAAAUGGGACAGCUUUGACAAUAUAGAACGAGUCAAGGCCGACCGGGAAUGA